AAAAAACGAAAACGCACGCAGUCAGUUAUGUCCCUCGACGGACGCUGUAGCUUAGCUUUACGUACAUUUGACGUCUAACCGGUGAUUUUCAAAUCCGAGCGCGUAUUUCACCAUCUCUGAAGUUCUUAUGUCAUAGAAAUGGAGGCCAACAAAGAAUCACCCAGUGCUUUUAAAACACCUUGCAAGCCUGCAAAAGUGAAAAGUCCAGUCAGUGCAUGUGGAACCCCAGUCACCAUUCCUGCCUCUCCCUUCAUGAAGAAGCUGGGUUGUGGGACUGGAGUCAGUGUCUAUCUCAUGAACAGGAUGGGUAAGCACACUCAUUCACCAUGGGCCAUUAAGAAGAUCAACAGCAAAUGUGCAAAUGGUCAAAUGACCGUUUAUCAGAAGCGUCUGUGCGAGGAGGCAAAGAUCUUAAAAGACCUGCACCACCCCAAUAUUGUUGGGUUCAGAGCUUUUACCACAGCAAAGGACGGCUCUAAGUGUUUGGCGAUGGAGUACGGUGGAGAGCAGUCUCUGAAUGACCUCAUUGAGAAGAGGAGAGAGGAGGGUCUGCAGGCAUUUCCAGUGGCCACUAUUGAAAAAGUGGCUCUUCAUGUCGCACGGGGUUUACAGUAUUUGCACAAUGAGAAAAAGCUUUUGCAUGGAGACAUGAAGUCAUGCAAUGUUGUUAUCAAGGGCGACUUUGAAAGCAUCAAAAUCUGUGAUGUUGGUGUGUCACUGCCACUGGAUGAAAACAUGCAGGUGAGUGAUCCGAAGGCCCACUAUAUAGGGACAGAGCCGUGGAAGCCUAAGGAAGCUUUGGAGGAGGGAAUUAUCACAGACAAAUCUGAUAUCUUUGCAUAUGGACUCACUCUGUGGGAGAUGAUGACACUUUCUGUUCCUCACCUGGAGAUACUGGACACUGAGGGUGAUGAUGACGACGAUGAUGAUGAUGAUACCUUUGAUGAGGAUGAUUUUGAUGAAGAUGCGUAUUAUGAGAGACUGGGAACUCGACCUGCUUUGGACGCAGCCACUCUCGGAGGGGCUUAUCAGAGGAUGGUGGAGCUCUUCUGUCUCUGUACAGAGGAAGACCCUCAUAAAAGACCUUCUGCAGCUCACAUUGUUCAGGUGCUGGAAUCAAACACCCAGCUUUGUGACAGAAGCAGUGACAUCAUUGUAAUUGAUUAAAUGUUCACUGUAGGUUUGCCUGUUGGGUCUGGUUACUGUUCUGUCUAUAAUUUUACUUUGUGAGCUGCUGCAUUUUCACAUUGUAAAUACUUUUCUGUUGUCAUGUUAAAUCUUUUCCUAUGCACUCUAUUGACUUUUAGAGAGAUUCUAAACACAGUAGUUGUUGCAGUGCUAUUUUGAUUAAAAGUUCUUUUUUUAA